AUGCCAUUCGAACUUGCGAACCGCUACGCAGGAAAACACCUGAUCCCGCAACCAUCGGAUCUGAAACUGAAUCCCCCGGAAAGCUAUCUAUACAUUCAAGAUGCGCUCAUCAUCGCUUGCGGGGUUUUGUAUGCCUUGUGUUACAUGUUCUACAUGACCCGGACGUAUCGGGAUAGAUACAUAGCGGGGUCUGUGCUCUAUCUCGCCGGAACCAUGGCCUACGAGAUCUACUACGCCAUCACCACCACAUCCACAACCCUCGAGCGCAUCUGCUUCUUCGUGUGGUUCCUCAUGGACUGCUCAUUUGCCGCUGUAGCCAUCUUCUCGGCAUAUGCACCGAAUGAGAGAGGUGCAUUGUGCAAGAAGCUGAUUGCAGGCGUCCUCGCCGGCCUACUCUUCUUCCACCUCGUGUGCCGCAUGUGGCCCGACGAACGAGAGCAAGUGACUGCCUACUGGACGGGGAUUUUGCUGCAGUUGCCCAUCGGUUGGGGGCAUUUGUACUUGUUGUUGAAGAACGGAUCUACGAAGGGGCAGAGCUUGGAAAUGUGGAUUACUAGAUACCUUGGGUGUUAUACAGCGUACGGAGUUUUCUUUUGGAGAUAUUGGAAUGUCCCGCAGAAUUGGGAGUAUGUGGGCAGUACCCUGAGCGUUGCCAUUAUCAUCGUGACACUAGUUCCGGAGACAGUGUACCCAUUUGUGUAUGUGUGGGCGCACAACAGGGAAAGAGAAGGAGAGAAGAAGAAGAUACAGUAG